AUGUCAACACCUGAGACGUUCGCUAUCGGUGGAAAUAUUUAUAUAUAUAUAUUUUUUGUAAUUUUCUUAAGUGUUGUCAUCUUGGCUCUGGAAAUUAUUGGCAACAUGUUCUGUCGUCUCUGCUGGAUUGAUUUUAAUGCCGGCGAGGCGAUGGUGGAGUGCGCGGGUCCCUGUGGAAGUUGCUUCCACCGCAAUUGUGUCGAUGUCACCGGGGAUGUGGCGCACAUCCUGGCCACCGGCGGUGGUUACUAUUCCGGUCUGGAAUGGUACUGCCGCACUUGUCGUCAACUUUAUCGCCUGCAAGUGUACUUCGAGGUAGCUAUAAGUGAAGAACGACUCCAUCCCACAGCUCUUUAG